CGCAUGUAAACCGACAUGAACGGCCGAAACACCAAAUCGAAGAUAUCAGUUGAGUUGUAAGCCGUCUCUUUCUCCUUUCCUCUCCUGAUUUCACCUCUCUUCCUUUUCUCUCUCCCACUUUGCUUAGAGGUUUUCGAGUACUCAGAAGAAAAAGCCAACACGCAGAACUAUCACAACUCCAUUUAAAGAAAAAUGACAAUAAAAUUAUAUAUGAAUGACGAUGAUGAGUUGUACCCUCUGCCAUUCUUUGUAACCUUGUUGCCAUUGUAGUUGUUGUUAGCUCUUUCAACAACGUACGGAGCACUUAUAUGGAAGCGAUGAAGUUUCGUAGGAAAGGCGACGUUGUUUCAUGGAGCAACUUCUUUCGCUGUACUAUUUUCAUUGUCGUCUCUUGUUUCACUUUCUCUGCAGUUCGCCUCUUCUUUGCAGUUCUCGGUUCUACCAGUCAAAAUUCGAAUAUGGAAGUUAUUAAGGAUGUAACUCCAGUUUUUCCGGCCGUCUCAAUACGAGAAACGGUCAUGCUUCCAGAUCAGGUCCUUAUUUUCCUAAAAUACCCUCCGUCAGCUCCAUUUUUUACCAAAGAGGACUUCCGCUGCGUUUACUCCUCGACCAACUCAUCCUCGCCGAAUCUCAUCAAGCAACCGCCAAUUCAAAUAGACGGCCAGGAUUUUGAGAACCAGAUAGUGCGGUGUUCUAUCCCUCCGAGUGGCUUUAUGCUAUCCCUUGAUUUAAAGGCGCAUGGGAUAAUUCCAAUCGUGCAUAUUCAAUGGUGGAACGCUCUUGCUUAUGAAGCUUUAAUCGACCGUGAUAAUUCUACGGUUGUUUUUGUGAAGGGACUUAAUCUACGGCCAGAAAGAAUGGCUAAUGCAUCGAAAUUCGAGUGCGUGUACGGUUGGAAUUUCAAUAGCACUAAGUAUUUGUUACGAACGGAAAUGUUGUCAAUUGCCCAGGAGAUCGGACGGUGUAAAACCCCUCUAAGCGUCUUGAAGGGCAGCCAAAGAGGAAACCGUUCUGUCAAAGUAUCAAUUAGGAUCAAAGGUAAAGGCAUAUAUCGCACAAUAGCCCGCCCGAUUCGCCUGUUGAAUAGUUACCCGCCCGCCCAAAAACAGUACGAAAUGUGCAUAUGCACCAUGCUGAGGAAUCAGGCAAAGUUUAUAAAGGAGUGGAUAAUGUACCACGCAGAAAUCGGGGUCCAACGGUGGUUCAUUUACGACAACAACAGUGAAGACGAAAUCGAGAGCAUAAUCAAGUCAUUAUCCGAUUUAAACUACAACAUUACUAGACAUGUUUGGCCAUGGACCAAGACACAAGAGGCCGGGUUCGCCCACUGCGCUUUACGGGCACGGGAGGUUUGCGAUUGGGUCGGGUUCAUCGAUGUGGAUGAGUUCUUUCACUUGCCAUCAGGAUUAAUGCUAUAUGACGUCGUGGGAAAAUACUCAGGAGGGGAUAGUAAAAUCGGAGAGCUACGUGUUUCCUGUCAUAGUUUCGGACCAUCGGGGCUCAAACACGUGCCGACUGACGGAGUGACUUUGGGUUACACGUGUAGAAUGGUUGCCUCGGAGAGGCACAAGAGUAUAGUAAAACCAGAGGCAUUAAGCCCGUCGUUGAUCAAUGUGGUGCAUCAUUUUCAUCUGAGGGCUGGAUUUUAUUACUUGAAUGUGGAUAAAGGAAAGUUGAUAAUUAAUCACUAUAAAUAUCAAGUGUGGGAAGUGUUCAAAGAGAAGUUUUACAGGAGAGUGGCGGCUUAUGUAGUUGAUUGGCAAGAUACUCAGAGUGUCGGGUCGAAGGAUCGGGCACCCGGGUUAGGGACGAGAGCGGUGGAGCCGGAGGAUUGGACGAGACGGUUCUGUGAGGUGAAUGACAGUGGGCUGAGGGAGAAAGUGCUGAGAAGUUUUGUGAACCCGCAGACGAAACUUUUGCCAUGGCAAGAGGAAUUAACUGAAGUCGGUAGGAGAAAGAAAAGUCAUGUGAUUAUAUGAUGGGGAAUGAAUACAUGUAGAAAUACAGGGUAGUGUAUUUUAUUCUUUUUGUAAAUAUAUACAAAUUUACUAAUUAAAGUUGAAGAA